AUGGCAACGGGCCGCGUGGAGGGGGCGCUCCGGCCGUGCGGCGAGCGACACUGGCGAGCAGCCGCGACUGAGGAGUGGAGCCUAGCGCGAGCCGAGCCAGCGACUGAGACGCGAGACCCGACAGCCCGCUCGCCUCUGCCGCGUUACCGCUCUACGGACGACGUCACCACGUGUGAUGCGGUGGUGAGCUACUCCCGGACGAGACAGUGUUUCGGUGGCGACAGUGGUGGUGACGUCGUGACCAUUUACGCAGCUAACCUGGAGGACGUUCAGGGUUUCGGCGGGGGGCCGGGAGCCGGGGACUGCAAUGUGCGCAGGCUUCUGUUGCUGAGGGGCCAUCACCAGCAGCAGCAGCCGCACGACGUUAGCAUGAUGGAGCAGGGCCAGCAGGAGAUGGACCCGUCGUUCGAGCCGCAGCAGCGCGCCCGUUCCAACACGUGGCCUCUGCCGCGGCCGGAAAACUUCCUGGACGUGGUCGUGAAGCAGGAACCCGGUGUCGAGGUCGGUCCGGGCGCCGGCAUGCUGGGGCCGUGCGCCGCCGCCGCCGUCCACGGCGGGGGGCGGCGCCGGGGGCGGAGGUGGAGGCGGGUCGCCCGGCGCCGGUGA